AACGAAAGCUAGCAACUUGACGGUAAAGUUACGGGUAGUUACGAUAUUCAAUUCCACUUAUAUUUCAAAGUGUGGAUUUCUUGUCUCCAAAGCAAAGUUCAUGUCCUAAAUCUUUUCAACUAAAAACGGACCUUACCUGAAUGUCAAUUCUGAUGUACCGGUUUAGUACGCGCUUUCUAAAUACAGGAUACUGAACAAAACCUGGUUAUCAAAUGCAGACGUCAUCCGGCGUAAUACAGAACGACUGUAAGCAAUGCCACUUUUUCAUUGUGAGCUCUACUAUCAAAUUAGCACUUGACGCCGAGUUUGAUGUUUCUCAUGGCGGGAGGAAUAUUUUGUCUUAUUUUUGAUUUAUGAUUAACGCCUCGAAUAAUUAUUUCUAUGAUACUUGAAGUUCACAUCCCUCAUUCUGCGAUUGACAUGGUGGUGGGUUUGGAGAUAUGUUGGUGCAGCUGCUCAUGUUUGUUGUUAACUGUUUCAUUGGACAAUUCGAAUCCAAGUGGUAGUACAUCCGGCAUUUGCUCUUCCACCUCUCCCACCACCAGUCGCGGAUUAUAUUUCGCGUAUUAUGAUUGACUUGACUCAUGGAUUUUCAAAAGGCUAUUGCGGUGUGCCUGUGUUUUGGUGUAUCAUAAUCAUAAGGUUGUGGAAAUUUUCUUUGAUCUUGAGAAUAAUUCAACAAAAAAUGCCUAAAUGAGAGUUGUAACGCGGCGGAUAAGGUUGACUGCGCUACCAGUGACCAAGUGCACAAGUAAAGGAUGAACAUCAAUUUUUUUUUGUGCUUUCGAUUAGCCUAUUACUCACAAAUAAGCAUGUUCUACAUCAUUGUGCAAUGAUGGGCGUCCGUAUGGGAUAUUUCCUGAUUUCCUGAAGUGAUUUGUUUCCAAGCCAACAAGACAUUUCACGUAACAGUGGCACAUGAUUUAAAGUGACUUCCUAAAAUCUGGAGCUAUACUGCUGUCAUUUUCCCGGAAACUUCCUACUGAACCAUAGAAAGGCCAGGAAGGUUUCACCAUGGAAAAGCUUUUACAUUUUGUCGUUUCCUUCACACUGGUCCUUUGUGUAUGCCUACUCUGUUUAGUUGGAGCUGAAAUAGGACCAAAUUACGGGGGUAAGCUCUUCGCCUUCAGCUUCCUGGCAGACCGCAAAUCCAGGCAAAAAGAGAAUAAACCCUGUGUGAUUGAUGUUAUCUCCGGGGAUCUCAAGAAUUCAUCAAUUCAUGUAGCCAUUCCCAGAACAAAUUUCGAGAGAACGUUUAUUCUACCACCAGGGCAUGUAGAACGGGUGAAUCUGAGCCUUGGGACCCAUCAACUUCCCGACUACAAAAACGCCACCGUAAUUGUCAAUUCUACAAGAAGGAUUGGUGUCGUAGCGUACUUGGAGUUCCUUCGGCCAGUUGCUGCCUUCCAUGUCAUACCAUCAGAAUCCACAGGGACCCGCCAUGUCAUAGCGCAUAAUGAAAACAAACUCACUCUUUUUACUAUAACGUCCUUAGAAGAUAAUAACUCUAUUCAUAUCUACAACCCAUGGGGGAAUCAAUUUAAAUGUGAUCCAUUAGAAAGAACUAGCACUGACAACGCUUCUGUUGUGUUGCGGAGGUUUGAAUCAAUGUUCUGUAAAGGCAAGAAGGUGGACCUGACAGGAACAUUUGUGAAAUCUGAGAAGAAUGUGUCCGUCAUUGCAGGUGGGAUGACUAGCUUUUUCGAGAAGGGGACAGGGGGAUAUAUCAUGGAGCAAAUGGUUCCACAAAGGUUUUGGGGAAACCACUUUGCUGUUGCGCCUUUCGCCAGAAUCGACAGGUUCAACUACCUACUCAAGAUUUUUGCACCGGAAGGAGCAGUCGCAAACGUUUCGGUUAGUGGUCUUGACUGGGCAAAUUGGUUCACAGUUCAUGGUCAACAUUCAUCAUUUGAUGACCAAAGAGCGUUCGAUCAGGUUAUUGAGAUUACUGCAAAUGAGUCCAUUUCAAUCGUGAAAUAUAUGAUUGGUUCCAAUGAGAGUAAUGCUAAGAACAUCCGAAGCGAUCCAAGUAUGUUUAACGUUCCUCCUCUAAACGAAUCUAAGCAAAAUCUUCUCGUUGAUGUGCUUCCCUUCGAGAACGAAAACAUCGUGGAUGUCAUCAUAAAUUGCAGGGAUAUCCAAGGGUUCCUGGUAAAUGGAAGUGAACUGAAAGAUAGCCGUGUAAUAUCAAUGGUAAAUGGAACGACCUAUUGCGCCCUCUCUUACGAACUUGAGCCGGGUCUGCACUGCGUGUCACACAAGAACCCAGAGGCCUCUUUUCAAGUUGCACUAUAUUCUUGGAAAAUGGGUAAAAAUGGUUCGAAUGCGUAUGCCAUGGAAGCUGCAUUGGAUGUGCCUGCAAAAUACCCAACAUGCCUGCCCGCCACAGAAAGUUCCCCAGAUAUCCAGUUUCAGAAAAGAUUGGCUGGAUUACAAGACGAAGAUUACUGUGGGAAUAAUACCACUCUUAAUCGACCGGCCAACAUUGCCAUGGAAAUGGAACAUCUUGCAGUAGAACUAGCAGCCAAAAUGAUCGCACAAGGAGAACCAGACGUGCAUAUAGAUCUUGGAGUUGCAGUGAUAGAAAUCAAAAGGAUCAACUCGUCCGGUGUCGAUCCAUCUACAGUAAUUUCGAUACCAAGCAACGCCAACUCGACCCAGCCGAAGACGAGGGGUCUAAUAAGCAUGGGGAUUCUUCGAGAACUGGAAACCCAGGCAAUAAUAUCAAUUGUUUUUCGGAAUCUCGGGGAAAGAAUCGAUAAUUGUUCGACUUCUAAUGAUUCCGAGGCAUUGGACCCAUCUGGUGCUCGGGAGAUGGUCGGCAGCCAGGUUCUUAGCCUAAGCCUAUACCCCUCCGUGGCCUCAGAACUAAAACUUCCCUCCCCUGUCGGUAUGGUGUUUCCUAUGCAAAAGAUGCCACCACGCUUUGCCGACGGUCUUGCCCUCUGUUCGUUCUGGAAUCACACCCUACGCGGUUGGUCUCAAGAAGGAUGCUGGCCUGAAUUUGUCAACUCGUCGGUAGUCGAGUGUGCAUGCGAUCAUCUUACUAACUUUGCUGUCCUGAUGCAAAUAAAUGAAUAUCACCAGCUUUCCCCCGCCGAUACACUCGCAGCAAACGUGAUUACAUCAAUUGGAUGCGGAUUGUCUAUAGCGGGCGCCUUCUUCACAAUCUUCUCAUUCAUCAUCCUUAGUCUCAAAUCAGACCGAGUGAUGAUCCAUAUCAACUUGGCCCUCGCCGUGGGACUGGGUCAGAUCAUGAUCCUGUUCUUAGACACCCCCACCAAGUAUCAGGUCCAGUGCACGGUCAAAGCUUCUCUGCUCUACUACUUCUUCAUGUCUGCAUUUUGUUGGAUGCUGAUAGAGGGCGUCAAUCUUUUUCUACAAGCCGUUGUGGUCUUCAGUAAACCAGGAAGCAGAAUUAAGAUAUAUCUUGUGAUUGGCUGGCUAUGCCCGAUCAUUCCUUUGUCAGCAACCCUUGCAUUUUAUAAAUGCAAGCUUGGUGAUGACGUAACAACACAUGACAACCCUGUAUGCUUUUUGAGAAGAGAAGACGACUCGAUAUGGUUCUUCGUUGUCCCGAUUCUGACCAUCAUCGCUCUCAACGUCUACUUCGUUUCAAGAGUCGUGUUCGAGAUCAUUAAGCUUGCUGGUGGACCUACGGUCGUCAAUAACCGGAUCACCCGGGCAAAACACGGCGUGAAGGCCUGCGUGAUUCUCCUACCGGUAAUGGGUUUGACGUGGAUAUUUGGUAUAAUGUGGCAGGACCAAUCAACGCUCGUCUUUAUGUACCUCUUCCUCAUCUGCAAUUCUCUCCAAGGAUUUUUCAUUUUCGUAUUUCACUGUCUCUUAAAUUCAGAGGUACGCCAUACCUUUAAGCGUAGGAAAGUCGAAUGGCGGAAUUCGUUUUCUCGACGGAGUUCGUUCAAUCUCAAAGUGUUUCGGAGCGACGACUCGAAGAGGAAACAAAACACCGUCGAUACCAACAGACUAUCCGCCAUUGCCACGCCCAAUGGUUCCCAUAACAAUGAAAAUAAUAACUAAAGAUAUUCUGACUCAAACUUUAGCCAGCCCCUUAUCGCAUAUUUUCAGUUACUUCUAUGUGAUUCUAUUCUUAUCUCGUAUUCGCUUUAAAAGUGUUGUGACAUAAUAUUGCUGAUGUAUACUACACCUUACUUAUUGUUUAUUUUUAAAUUAUAAUAGGCCACGCCCAACGGUUCCCAUAGCUACAAAAAUAAUGACUAAUGAUGGCGUGAAUUAUCUUUUUUUUUAUUCGGAAGUGUGGUACAGUAACCCGCAAGUCUAUUCCUGCAGUUUAUAUAUGUCUGUAUGCUUUGGUGGAUGUGUGUACGCUUUUGUAUUUAUAAUUAAGACGAAACUAUCAUCAUGAUUAUAUAGAAGAGCCAAUGAACGUCUUUUUUGCGCGCGAGACACUGAACUUGUUAUAUAGCCAUAAUUAGUGGCUAACAGACCCACCGUUUAUUAUUUUAUUUCAUUAAUAUAGAGUGUACUUUAUGAUGCUUUGACUGCAAAUCUUUGUUAUUGUCUAAUCGAUGUUAAAGCUUCAAUUAUCUUAAAUGCAUCAACAUGAUUAAUAUUUGUUUCCUCAAGAGCGAGAUAAAAGAAGAAAAAACCCGACUAAUUUCAGUCUUAUUUCAUAAGCAUUGUUUUCGGGUGUUAACUAAAGACAUGUCAUUGUCUUUUUACGUACAUUGGAAAUGUAGUUUAAUUGAGCGCGUAACACUUGUAAAAUCAUAAAAGUUUGAAAGCUUUUAUAUUAACAAUGGCUUCGUUUGUAUAAAGCAAUAGCAUGUAUCAACCUAAAUAUAUAACGGCCUCUUUAUUGCAAUAUUCUUUGGAACAUCAGUCGUACGAAUCAUUUCUUGUUUGUAAAUAGCUGGCCUAUUUAUAUUAAUGCAAUAUGGUUAUAUUCACGAAAUAUUUACAAAUGAAAUACGUUUGCCUGAGGUGUGUGUAUGUGUGUGUGAGGGGGUGCGUGUGUUAUAAUACGCUGUUGUUUGUCUACGUACGUCAUAUUGAUUUCAUAAUUACAGCCCUUGUGUUAUCCUUGUGUUAUGUUUUUUGUAAAUCUGUCAAACAUUUGUAAGUUUUAUAUAUUGACAUAUCAAGGAUAUUAUACGGUAGCUCCUAAUUGUUUCUCAGAUGGGCUUACGAGAAUAAAUUAAACCAUUUUAAUU